CGCAAGCGCACGCAUACGUGCGGUUUCUUAGCUGUCACGUUGUUUUCAUUACCGUUCAUCGACAUUUAUCGAUCUACAAAACUAUUUUUUAGAGAAGAUUUAUAAGACAAACUCGUAUUUGUGUUAUAAUUUAGGAAGAUUAGAAAAAUGGCUGAAGAGAAGUAUACCUUAUUGCAAAACGCGGUUGUCUCACAGAUCCCUGAUAGUGCAUGUUACAUACCGAAUUUUAUCACGGAAGAGGAAGAGAAACAGGUUAUGAAGUACAUAAAUAAUGCACCGCAACCAAAAUGGACGCAAUUGAGUAAUCGUAGGACUCAAAUUUGGGGUGGCAUAAUGCUUCCCAAAGGAAUGAUAGCGGAUGAGAUUCCUAGUUGGCUGCAAAAAUAUAUUGACAAAGUAACAGCCUUAAAUGUCUUUGAAAGUGGAGUGGUGCCUAAUCAUGUUUUAAUUAACGAAUAUUUGCCUGGACAAGGAAUAAUGGCACAUACAGAUGGCUCACUUUUUUAUCCCGUUGUAAUGACUAUCAGUUGUGGUUCCCAUACACUCCUUGAUUUUUACAAACGGCUCGACACCACAGAGCAACAACAACCAAAAUUAGAAUUCAGCUUGCUGCUAGAACGCAGGAGUCUGUUAAUUCUACAAAAGGAUUUGUACCACAAUUAUUUGCAUUCUAUAGCAGAAAGAGACACGGAUGAUAUAUCAGGUACUUCAAUAAAAAACCUGCACAUGUGUAUGGAAAAAUUUACAGAGGAACAAACGAUAAAACGUGGUACUAGAUUGUCGCUAACAAUUAGACGUGCACAAAACAUUAGCAGACUAAAAUUAAAAAUUCAGUGAAGAAUGAUACAGA